UUUUUUUUAAUUCUUUCUUUUUUCUAAAAACUUCUCUCUGUCUAUAGAUGAUCACGUCUUUAAUUUUGAGAAACGGUUUCCACUUGGUUGUUUAGAUGGAUUGGAUGAUCUAGACCGUCCAUAAAUAUAAUAAAUGACUCUCCAGUCCAACAUGGCCAGCCUUCUCUUCUCACCUUUCUAAUUUUUCUUAUCACAGUUCUUCCUUUUUAGGAAAUUUACCAAAAUAAAAUGUUUUCUAAAUUUCGUAUUUAAAUUUAUCUAAAAACACACAAGCCUCAUGGAUUUAUUUCCCCCCACCCACCAAAAAAAAAAGAAAAAAGUAACUUUCUUUGCUAAUUCAACAAGAGGGCGUAACCGUACAAAUAUGAAACACUUGCAUGAGAUCUAAGCUUCCCAUAUGGCUUGAAAACUUGGACAAUUUCAUUCUUCAGGUGGACCGCUAUGUAUGAAUCAAACUCGAUGUUACAGAUCUUUUCUAAGCGCACUCUCUUUCUCUCUCUAUAGAUGAUAGAUGGAUGGGUGCAUGUCGUCAAGUGAAAUGAUUUUCAUCAUCUAACAUGAAAUCAGUUGCAGUAGCAGCAGAGGAAGACUGAUCCAUGUUAAUAGUGUAAGUAGAGAGUGUUAGAACACAAACACUUGUUAAAGAAGCCCAAAAUCCAAUGAUGCUGGAUAUUCUUUUCGGCUGGCGAAAGGCCUCCAGAUGCAAGGAGUUGAUCAGGUGUGUCCGUUGCCGUCUCAAGCUGCUGAGGAACAAGAGGGACGCCAUCAUCAAACACCUACGAUCUGAUAUUGCUCAGCUCCUCGACACUGGCCAGCAGCAGAGUGCUCUCUUUCGCGUAGAGCAGCUCUUUAAGGAUCAGAGCAUCCUAGUCGCAUAUGAUCUAUUGGACCACUUCUGUGAAUUCAUCAUUAUAAACCUUCCUUAUAUUCGGAGACAUAGGGAUUGCCCCAAUGACAUUAAGGAAGCAGUCUCAACUCUAAUAUUUGCUGCUGCAAGAUGUGCAGAUUUGCCUGAGCUUCAAACACUACGGAAGCUAUUUGGAGAGCGUUACGGGAAUGAUUUUGCUGUGGGAGCUGUAGAAUUAUUUCCUGGGAAUCUAGUGAACCGGCAGAUAACCGAGAAGCUGUGCACAAGGUCAAUAUCAGAUGAUGUAAAGCUCGGAAUAAUAGAAGAAAUUGCUAUAGAAUACAACAUCCAACUGUGGCAUCCGGAGAUGGGACAUGGGUGCGAUCUCCCACACCAGAAGGUUCACGUUAACGAAGGAUCGGUAUAUAAUAAUCCAGAUUGUGUGCAAGGAAAGGAAGUCCUUGAGAAGGACAUUCAAGUUGUUUAUAGCGACAUUCGAAGAACUGACAUGCAAGCUUCGAAUCAUAAAGAGAUAUUCCAUUCUUUUCAGAAAAAGCAUGGCAGAAAAAUUGGUCUUCUGCAAGGGGAGGCAAGAUCCCACGAUUCAUCGUCAAAUUGCAAGGAAGGAGAGGCUCAUUUUCAAUAUCACUCGAGUUUUGAGAAUAACAGUAGCUCUGUCUAUGCUGCCAUAGUUAAAAAUCAUGCCCCAAAUGUAGCUCUAACAAUCCAUAAAAAAGCACAAGAUAUGGAGAAGCUUAAGAAAUCAGGUCCUGGGUCUGUUGGAGAGAGUGAUCAAGGAACCCAUAGCCCGAGCAGUCCUUCCACUGCCUCUCUGCAGCAUAAGGUGGAAAGAACAGCAGGAACUGUGAUGGAAAGUUCAACACAGUUGCUUGAGAGCAUUAUAGUUUAUCUUGAUGAUUUGGAUGAUUUUCACCGCAAGAGGCAAGAAGGCAAUGAAUGCAAGGAUGGAAAAUGUCUCGAGAGAGACACGCAUCCGAAGCCACAUGAGAGUAAAUGUGCGUCCACAAGAAAGCCAUUUCAAUCAAGAAUUGAACUUGAAAAUUUCGUCUCAUAUGGAGAAGGAAAAGAUGCAAACAGUUAUGGUAAUUGCAGCCAGAAAUCCUUAAGAGCCAAUAGAGAAAUUCUGUCAGAUGUAGUAGAUUAUGAUCAAUCAAAGAAGCACACCAAGUUAAGUGGAUUGCACGAUAAAAGCAGCACUAUGGGGCAUUCUAGCAAGAAGAGGAAGUCAGUGGGAAGGAGGCCGAAAAACAGAUCCUUAUCCGGGCAGAGUCAACGGUAUAACAAUUGUGUGUACAGUGAUCAUGAAUUGGAUGAUUUCCUUGGAACAAACAAGAGCCUUUUCCCAGACAUCCCCAACCAACAGCAUGACUCUUCCAUGCCAGUGGCCUUGAGCAUAAAUGAUAAGGAAUGUGCGUUGUAUUAUGAUGAGGAAUGUGGCUGUUCUGAUAUUAGUUCUUUGGGGUUUCAGUGGGACAAAACCAAACCAAGUGGUGUCCUUCUCAGCCAUGGAUACCAUUGUCAUUCUGUGUCAAAUUCUGAUAAUCGAAUGUUCAUGAGCGGAGAGAUCACCCAUGCAGAUGGAAGGAUGGUCAAUAAGAAAAAGCACCAAUGGCAGAUUUCAAGUGAAGGAAGUAGGACUUAUUCAUUUAGAGGCCACCAUGGGAAAAAGCCUCAGUCAUUCCAGCGAUCUUAUUCUUAUGCACAGGAGAUAAAGGCUGAGAAAGUAGAAAACAAUCACACGUCCCGUAGAUGCAAAUACAAUAGGAGAUUGGAUGGAAACAACCGUGAUAUGGUUACUGACUGUUCUUUGGAGCAUCCAUGUUAUUUCCUUGCUAGCGACGAGAAAGAUGAUUGGGGAAGUCCUUCCAAGGGUAGUGGUGUUGCACUGCAGGCAGGCAAGCAUCCUUGUGAUUUUCAACAAGAGAAAGAGGAGAAUAAUCAUGGUGCUGCAAUAAGCUGCGAUGAAGCUUCUAGCAGUUUAGCUAUCAAUAAGGGAAACAGCAAGCAGGAGCUGAUUGGGGUUGCUGUGGAUCGGAUACAAGGUGCGGAUUUGGAUUUUGAUAUGGAGCUGCAUACGGACAUCCAGGUUAGUACGGAUUGCCAAGGAUGUAGUAAUACAGCAUGUAGUGUUAUUAUAGCCUCUGAAAGUCAUAGGUCUAAAAUGCAGAUCAAGGAAGCUCAAGGACCAUCAGACCAUCAUGGCAGAAGGGCUUCUUCUUGUAGCUCCUACUCAAGGGAGAUUCCAGUACCAAUCGCACGACCAGCUUAUCUAAAGGCCAUGACAAUGCCACCAGAACGGCCCAAGAUCACAGCCACACACCAAACUCUACGUUCUGCUUCCUUUCAAUCUCAGCAGUACAAUCGAUUAAGUGGCCAUGUCCAUCCAAAGCUCCCUGACUACGAUGACUUGGCGGCCAAAUUUACAGCUCUCAAGAAGGUGCACUUGCAAACUUCCAUCCUGCAAGUUGGCAAUGCUUGAAUAGAAAACAAAGAACUUAUUGCAACGGCCAUAUUUUGUAAAAUGUGAUCCAUUUUCCCUCUGCUUCUUGUGAGUUGGCCACUGCGCGCCUACACACUGCCUUGCUUUCCUAUUCCUUGUCAUCAUUUCAUGAACCUGGUUUCUUCCUACAUAUACAUAUAAUCACUCUGCUUGUGUAAAAUGUUGUCAUAAAUAGAAUACCUAAGAGAGUAGUUCCUAGGGUGAUGCAAUUUAGCUAAAUAACAUUUCACCUACAUGUUGUUUGGAUGGAAUAAUACAAUGUUUGAAUGUGCCCUUUAAAUGUU